GCCACCACCCGCUUCGGCUCCUACGUCUACAACACUUUGUGCGUGCACGAGGACCCGGACAUCAAGGCGAGGGCCAUUGGCGCGCUCAGGCAGGCCAAGGACCAGCUGCAGGACAACACUCACGGGACGAAGCUGGUGAAGCAGGUCCUUGAGAAUACUCCUCCCCAGGAGGCGUCCACGGUCAAAACCGGCAAACCCACCAGUGCCGCCAAGAAGUUGCUGGACUCGGAGGCCGCAGUGGACAGCAUGGUCACCGCCGGUCAUCACUGA